AUGGAGUACCUUGAGUCACAACAGGUUAUACACCGAGAUGUGGCAGCAAGAAACUGUUUGAUUAGCGGAUCUGAUGUUUGUAAAAUUAGUGACUUUGGACUAUCAAUGCUGGGUCAGCUACAUAAGGAGAAACAAAUGAUCAAAGUUCCAGUGAGGUUUCUGGCACCUGAGACAUUAACUCAUGCCACAUACUCAAGUAAAUCAGAUGUGUGGAGUUACGGUGUAUUGAUGUUUGAAGUGUUUUCCGAUGGAGCAAUACCAUACAAGGAGGUUAAGACUUUGAAAGACGUGCGAAAGAAAGUCAUUCAAGGAUUGCGGUUGAAACCACCACCAGACAUGCCAGAAGAGGAUGCAGCUAUUAUGAUGCGUUGUUUUGAGACAGAUCCUGAAGCAAGAACAUCAUUUGCCCUUCUUAAACAAGAUUACAAGAAGUGCCAAGCCUCUAAGUUGGAAAGACUUGUUGGUUUCUUCAAGGAGAAAGCUGAAGCA